GUCUUUUACUUCACUUUUCCUUUCCAAUAAUGCUCCCUCCAGUCCUUUUUCUUCCAAUAAUAUUUUCACACGACAUUUCCAAUUUGAGAAAUUAACAUUUUCCACUAAUUUCGGAUAGACGUUCAGGGCCGUCAUUUUUAUAUUUGUCAACUACACUCUGCUGUUUGAGGUGGAAAUAAAUCGUGUAUACUGGGGGGAUUUAGCAUAUUAAACUCACUUUUAGGAAAAUAAUCUAUUUAUUAAUUGCACACUACGAUGCUUACACAACGGAAUUAGUAGGGAACCAUAAAGCACUAAUGUCUAUGAUUUGACAUUUAUACGUUCGGAAACGCAUACAGUAUUUCUAACAUGGUUGAAGCACAAAAUGAAUAGUCAAUUGGCUGUUUAUUAUAUUUUUUUGUAUCCCUCUUAUCAUGAACACCAAGGCAUGAUCAGCUAUAUUAUAUUUUUGGCCUCCCCAUUAUUAUCAAAGCCACUUACAGUAUCGCUUCUUCUAUUGUAAUCAAAAUGGGGAGCAAGUGCCAUGUCAUCAAAUAGCAACGCACAUAAUUUUUCUGUGUUGUUAAUUUCAUUUGCUCUUUUCUUUAACUGGCUGAAAAUAUUUUUAUUGAGUCCAGGCUUGAGAGCAGCUUUUGUGAUCAUGCGACUCAGUGUCAAAGGUGAUGGCAAAACAACAGCUUUUCUGAACCAUCUAUAAGCUCGAGAACCUAGUUUGUAUAAUGCUAGGGCUGCUACUUUUUCUUGUUUUGUGUAACGCCUUCCUGUUUGAGGUUUCCUAGCUUCUCUAAACUGCAACAUGGUGAAAAAUUGUCGCCAGAGUUGGGGAGCGAGGGGCUUGUUGUAACAGUUUUCAUGAAAACUAACAUAUCUUAAAUUCCUUUAGAGCUCUUACACACGAGCAGCACAUUGACGACAGCAAAGGCGACCGCAGUCGCCGUCAUUUGUCGGCAGCUAGCCGCCGACGUGCCCGCAGCAAGCUGUCGACACGUCGACAGCUUGCUGCGACGACCGUGUCGGCGUACGUCAUUGUACAGGAGCCAGCCAGUUGAUAAUGGAUUUCAUUGAAGAAACACUGUUGUUGCAUUUACUCCGUCGUUGUCGACGAAAGAGAAAGAACCGGUCAUUGUGGGUUUAAGAAAUGUUGUUGAAUAGAGAACGAGACUACACACACCGACGCCCAUGCUCUAUUUUUUAAUGUUUUAUUAUGGUAGCCUUCUAAAUUCGAGUUCCAUAUUAUUUCAUUGUUUUUGACAGCACAAUUUUUUUAGCAAUUCCGAAUCAAUUUGUUCGGAACUCAUUAGGUGUGCGUGUAAGCUCCUGGACUACUGACAGUUGACCUUCAAAAUGGCGGAGGCGGCUAGCUGUCGGCACCUGCCGGCGGCAGCCGCGAACGCGUCGACAGCACGUCGGCAGCAUGUCGACAGCUAGCCGUCGCCUUCUGACGUCGACUGCAGUUACAUGCGUCGACAGCAAAAUGCUGUUCGUGUGUAAGAACCCUUAGUCUCAGAAUGUCCAAUUUGCAAAAUGUCAAGUGGUAACAAAUCUAUUGAUUAAAAUGCUACUAAAUAAAUCUACUGGUACAAGUAGUAACGACAAAAAAAACGACAAUAAUACCUGUAAUCAUUAACGGUCUUAUUCAUAAUCAUUUUUCACAUUUUAUCAAAUGCUUAUUAGAGGUUUAUAAAACGUUUGAUAAAAAUUGUUAUUCAUAAUCGUCAUUUAGCGCUAAAAUCCUCUUAUAACUGUGUGAUAAGUUAUCGAGAGCUCGGGCCUUGUUUAAAGCUCUAAUAAACCUAUUUUAACCUAACUUUUAUAAAUGUCAUUUCAUAUGAAUGUCACUUCGUUGGUUUAUUUAUUCAAAAUAUCCUUGCUGUGAUCCUUGCUUGUGAAAAUGAAUGCUAUAAAUGCAAUUGUGCAUUUAGCCAAUAAUGCCGACCCAGCGCGACGUAGAAAGCUCUACCGCCAACGAAGCAACCCAUUCGAUUUGCGGGACCUAAAUUUUAAAAUAAAAUAUAGGUUCAAUAAGGACACAGUGCGCACCAUCAUAGAUUUGGUGGAAGAUGAUCUGGUUCAGAGCGCUAGAGGUGGUGGCACGUGUCCUGAACUGCAAGUUUUAGUGGCCAUAAGAUGUUGGGGACGUCGUGAGGUACAAGAUGAUGCUGGUGACCUCCAUGGCCUAAGUCAGCCGACAGUGAGCCGGAUAUGCGCCAGAGUCGCGCAUGCAAUCGCGAAUAAGGCAAAUUCCUUCAUCAAAAUGCCUAUCACUAUAGGAGAGCAGGAAAGAAUUAGUGCCAAAUUUAGAGCAAUUAAAAAUUUUCCUGGGGUGAUAGGAGCCAUAGAUUGCACCCACAUUAAAAUUAAAAAAACCGGAGGUGACAUGGCCCAGUACUAUAUUAAUAGAAAAGGCUAUUAUUCCCUGAAUGUUCAGGUUGUCUGUGAUGCUGACCUCAAAAUAAUGGAUAUAGUGGCUAGAUGGCGAGGCAGUACACAUGACAGUUGAAUUUUUAUGGAGAGCAAUAUAAAACAACGAUUUGAGGAUAGGCAGUUUAGAGGACGCCUUAUUGGCGAUUCGGGCUACCCUCUUCUGCCAUAUCUAUUUACACCUAUUUUAAGGCCUAGUCGUCCAGAAGAAGAAGCAUACAAUAAUGCUCACAUCUCAACUAGGAACACUGUUGAAAGGUGUUUUGGGGUGUGGAAGCAGCGGUUCCAAUGCCUACUCCAUGGCUUACCAGUAAGCCUCCAAAAUGGAAAAGCUGUGAUCAUAGCAUUGGCUGUAUUACAUAAUAUAGCCAUUGAUAUGAAUGACACAUUGUUAGAACAACAUAUGGAGCAGGUCCCUGUAACUCCGCAACUUUCGACGGAGAACAGUGUUCACGACAACCGACCUUCAUUGUUGAGGCGUAGGUCGCAGUUGAUACUACAAAAUUUUAUAAAUCAACAUUUUUGAAUGAUACUGUUCCUGGCAUC